GGCGGGAGGACGGCCGCGAGUGCCACUGGAGCUUCUCGGGGACUAUCAACAGGGAGUGCAACCGACGACAGAGCCGUGAGCUGGGGGAAUGAGAGCCGCUAGAAUCCGCUCCAAUCCUCCUCGACCAAGGCCCCUACCCGCCUGGCAGCUACCUGGACACCAUCUUUAGAAAACCACCUUUCAGACGAAUCUAAUAUCGGUGACUGCUUGCAAUCAUGGAGCUCAGAGUGGGGAACAAAUAUCGGCUUGGACGGAAAAUAGGUAGCGGUUCCUUUGGCGACAUUUACCUUGGUGCCAACAUUGCCACUGGUGAGGAGGUAGCCAUCAAACUUGAAUGUGUGAAGACCAAACAUCCACAGUUGCACAUUGAGAGCAAGUUCUACAAGAUGAUGCAAGGAGGAGUGGGAAUUCCAUCGAUAAAGUGGUGUGGUGCAGAGGGAGACUACAAUGUGAUGGUGAUGGAGCUUCUUGGUCCCAGUCUUGAAGAUCUUUUCAACUUCUGCUCCCGAAAGUUCAGCCUAAAGACCGUCCUGCUUUUGGCAGACCAAAUGAUAAGCCGCAUCGAGUAUAUCCACUCCAAGAAUUUCAUUCACCGAGAUGUCAAACCAGACAACUUCUUGAUGGGGCUUGGCAAGAAGGGAAAUCUUGUGUACAUCAUUGACUUCGGUCUGGCCAAAAAGUACCGAGAUGCCCGCACACACCAGCACAUCCCCUACAGGGAGAACAAGAACCUGACGGGCACAGCACGCUAUGCGUCUAUCAACACGCAUCUUGGAAUUGAGCAAUCCAGACGCGAUGACUUGGAGUCCCUCGGUUACGUCCUCAUGUAUUUCAACCUGGGGUCUUUGCCCUGGCAAGGCCUGAAGGCUGCUACCAAGAGACAGAAGUAUGAACGGAUCAGUGAGAAGAAAAUGUCAACGCCGAUCGAAGUCCUUUGCAGAGGAUACCCUUCGGAGUUCUCCACAUACCUGAAUUUUUGCCGAUCGCUCCGAUUUGAUGACAAGCCAGAUUACUCCUACCUGCGACAGCUCUUCAGAAAUCUCUUCCACCGGCAGGGCUUCUCCUAUGAUUAUGUCUUUGACUGGAAUAUGCUCAAAUUUGGGGCCACCCGGACGACUGAGGACGGAGACCGGGAGAGGAGGACCGGCGAUGAGAGGGACGAUCGGAUCGGUGUUGCUCCCAGAGGCUCCGCAGCCCGAGGUCUCCCCCCCGGUCCUAACCCUGGACCCGCUAACCGGGUCAGAAACGGACCAGACCAGGCCAUCUCCAACCCUGCAUCACGUGUCCAACAGUCCGGAAACACAUCACCUCGUGCCAUUUCUCGCGCAGAGAGGGAAAGGAAGGUGAGCAUGCGGCUCCACCGGGGGGCUCCGGCUAAUGUGUCGUCCUCUGACCUUACAGCCCGUCACGACCAAUCCAGGAUUUCCACGUCACAGGUGAGCGUGCCAUUUGAGCACAUGGGCAAAUAAAAUCUCCUUGGCUCUGCAUGAACAUGAAAGUGACAGGGCUACUUUGUGUUGCUCUGCUCCUUUCCUGCAUUUUUACUCCAACUAACGAAAAGAUUGAUGCCAAUGGACACAUGGAUCUUUGGAAAAGUACAGCAGAUUCCAACAGGAUCCAGGGAAGUACUUUUUAUAGUAGCCAGCAUCCAGUCUUUUAUGAAACCUUGGCGGAACCCUGGCUCAUCAUCAUGCCGAUGCAAAAAGCGACAGUGCUACAUCAUGGUUGCUUGUGAUUGCCCCCCCCUCCCCCCCCCCUAUUUCCCCCAACAAGCUUUCUGUCUGUUGAAUGAGAAGAACUUUUGAAAACAGAAGUAAAAGGAUGACAGGCGUUAGCAUGUUUUGUUGCAAAAGUCAACUCCCUGUUUUUUUUUUUAAUUUAGUCUUAGUGGAGAUUUAAGCCCUUCUUCAGGGGAUAGUCAGGGAUGGUAAGCUUAAGAAUGACAGAAGAGGUUUUAAAAGUCUCGUUUCAGCUCCGAUUUCCGUUUCCUGCGAGUUGCUGGCUCGUCCUAGAUCUCAUCUUUCGUAAGUUAUUGGCCCUCGAAUAGCAAACCAUUCAAAUGAUCCAGUAUCGAUUUCUUUCUUGUCACUUGUGUACUCUAUUCUCUUAAAUGCAAGUUAUCUGUCACCAUAGUUGUUGGGGGGAAAAAAAAAAAAAAAAAACCACUCCAAAGGCAUCCUCAAGAAAUGACCAGACACCGUUGCAUCCUGUUGGAACCAACAAAUAUGGCUGCAAUUUUUAUGAUCAUUCUUACUGUUAAAUGUUUUUAAUUAUUAUUUUUACCUUCAGACAAAAUAGGGGAGUUGGCAGACCCCAUUAGGGAUGAUUUGGGUAGGGGCGGGCAUCCAUUUUUUUUGUUUACAUCACUGUAAAUAUAUUUUUUUAAAUUUUGACGUAAAAGCCAAAAUGUGUUUUCUGUUUUAAGAUGUAAAGUAGAGAAACACAAAUUAAUGGGAUGAGUUAAAACGUUUUAGUAUUUAAAGUACUACAUUUUGGACAUCAAUGUUGCUCUGCCAGCUGGGUCACGGAUAUGUAAUGUGUGCGUGUUUCGACGUUUUUGCUAGUGAGAGUUCGACUGAUCCCCCAAUAAGAGUUCAAAGGUCAUUUUGUGUCUUUUGGCUUGUUUUUCUUUUACCUAUUUAUGUUCAACUGUUAUUUUUAAAAAUGCAUCUUUCAGUUUGUCACCGGAAGUCACUUGUGCCAUGUUUGUCUUGGUUUCUCUUUUUCUUCCCUUCAAAUGCUGUCAGAUCACCUUUUAAAAUACAGGGCUUUGUAUAAUUCCCCCUGCAAAUUAAGUCCAGUGCUUGAUGUCACCUUUUUUUUUUUAGUUUUUAAACCUCUGCAAUUUUGAUGAUGUCAUUAAGAUGAAACUAACUGACUUCAUUGCAGGGAUGUGUAAAUAGCUUGGUACUGUGUGUAAUUUACUUUUGUACAGGGCGCCAUGACCCAGUGGCAGUGUAACUGUUGUAUAUGUGUGCGUGUGUUGGGGGGGGGUUAAGAAAUAGGUUAAAGUGACAGAAUUUCACUUUAUGUAUUGUGUACUGAUAUCUUGUACAGUUCUUUAACACUUUAUUUACAACAGUAUUUGUGUAUAUUUUAUGAAGUAAUAAAACUGAAUCUCACAA